AUGGCUCUGGACAAGAACGAACCCAUCGCGAUCCUUGGGGCGGGAGCUUGGGGCUUGUCGACGGCCUUGCACCUUUUCAAUGCGGGCUACACAAACAUCACAGUCUUCGACCAGGCCUCAGAGAUACCCUCACCAUAUUCUGGAGCAUACGAUUUGAACAAGAUCGUCCGAGCAGAGUAUGAAGAUAACUUCUAUACAGAAUUGGCACUUGAGGCCAUCAAUCAGUGGAAGACUCCCUUCUGGGGAUCCAGCUUCCAUCAAGUGGGCUAUGUUCUGGCAACUUCGGGCGCGGCACCUGAAAAGGCCGUCAAACAUCUGCAAGACGCCCUUGUGUCGGUCAAGGACCACUCGGUCUUCGCUCCAGGCAUCACCAUGCUGAAUGAGCAUGAAGACUUCAAGAAGGUAUAUUGGCAGUUUUCCGGGCCCAUGCGCGGCUUCAAAGGAUACUUCAAUCGCCUUGCCGGAUAUGCCCAUUCGUCCAACGCCAUGAUAGACACACAUCGGCAUCUCGUUGGUAGAGGAGUCAAGUUUGUCCUGGGACCCAAAGAUGGUAGAGCCGUGAAGCUUCUAUACAGCGCCAACGAGAGCUCUGCCGAGAGGCGCUGCAUAGGAUUCCAGGUGGCGAGCGGACAGGUCCAUCAUGCCCGACGUACUAUCGUCUGCCUAGGAGCUUCGGCAGCCACGCUUCUCCCAAGUGUGGGGUCAUUUGUUGUCGCCAAAUGCUGGUCCGUAGCUCACGUCCAACUCACGGAACGGGAAUGCGACUACCUACGUGGAAUCCCAGUCCUCAACAUCAGAGACCUAGGGUUCUUUUUCGAACCUGAUCCGGCCACCAGACUCCUCAAGCUGUGUCCUCUUGGCGCCGGAUAUAUCAACUCAGAAACGGGCACUGGGGUCUCACUACCUCCUGCCGAUCUACUAAACUCGCCAAAGGAUUAUAUCCCGCUUUCCGAUGAGCGUAAGCUGAGGAGAUUACUUCAAGAAACGCUACCGUGGCUAGCCGACCGCCCGUUUGUGGACAAGAAGAUGUGCUGGUUUGCAGAUACUUCAGAUUCGGAGUACUGCAUUGACUUCGUGCCAGGCACAGGAGACUCUCUGAUCGUCAUGUCUGGGGAUUCUGGACACGGGUUCAAGAUGAUGCCAAUUGUCGGCCAAUGGGCCCUGAAGCUCCUGGAAGACGGAAAGCAGGUCUUGUCCAGGUGGCAGUGGAAGCAAAGUCAAGGCAAAGGGGGGAAAGAAUGGGGCGACGAGGUGAGCUGGAGGAUCGGAAUGACUGGGGAGGUCAAGGACAUUGUGGCCGAGAAGGAGAAAAUGCUCAAAGCACGCCUGUAUCAACGGAGGUCCCACUCCUCCGCUCACACUCCGACCGUGAUCAAUCAGGGAACAACGAAAGAACCGUUAAUUCCUGCUUCUACCAAUGCCGGCGACACCACCGUGACGAACCCCCUGGCGCGUCUCUCGACCUCAAGCCUCCUUCGCACCUUGCUAUUGAGUACCUUCUUCACAUCCCCGUGGCUCUUCCGGCCAGGUUUUGCUGUAUUCGAGAAAAUCGCACAUUCCCAAUCCGCAUGGCUGAACCCGGACCGGAAUCCACUCGUUCGCGCCAUUGUCCAUCCUCUUGUCUACAAGCAGUUCUGCGCCGGUAGAAACCAGAAGGAAAUCGGCCAAACGUCCGCGGAGAUUCGACGGCUGGGCUUCUCCGGGGUUGUCUUGUGCUACGGCAGAGAAGUCCAGGUCGAAGGCGACAAGUUCGUCGGCUACGAUGAUAGUAAGGCGGCGGUAAUGGACAAGGAAAUCGAGCAGUGGGCAGAUGGCAACCUUGCCACGUUGGAUAUGAUCGGCGAGGGCGACUGGCUGGGCAUCAAGUACAGCGGCGCGGGGACGAACAUCACAAAAGCCCUCAUGAAAGGUGACAAGGCACCGGCCAAGUUCGUCGAAGCCAUGGAGAAGAUCUGCCAACGCGCUGCCAGCAAAGGUUGCCGGAUCUGGAUCGACGCGGAGCAGCAAACCCUGCAGGCGGCCAUCGACCAAUGGACCUUUGAUCUCAUGCGUCGCUACAACCAGCCCGGCCGCCGGGCCCUGAUAUACAACACAAUCCAAGCCUACCUGAAAUCCUCGCGCGACAAAGUCCAACACCAGCUCCAGCUUUCACGCCAGGAAGGGUGGCGGCUGGGCAUCAAGCUCGUGCGCGGUGCCUACAUCAACAACGACAUCAGGGAGGCGAUCCACGACACAAAGGCCGACACGGACGCCUCGUACAACGGCAUCGUCGAGGACCUCCUCUGCGGGAAGUUUCCUGCCAUGGCCGACCAAGAGUCGGUAGACCUCGACCUGCUCCUCGCGGGUCACAAUGCCAGCACCAUCCGGGGAGCAGCUCGACUGGCCUCCACCCUCGCAGCCGAAUCAAAGCUGAAAGUCGUCCCGGAAUUCGGGCAACUGCAGGGCAUGGCCGACGACAUCGGCUGCGAGCUGCUCCAGAUGGCCGACAAUACCAAGCGGGACAGCACGCUGCCUCUUCCCAACACUUAUAUCCCCAGAGUAUACAAGUGUUUGACGUGGGGCAGCAUCCAGGAAUGCAUGCAGUACCUGACGCGGCGACUUGUCGAGAAUCGCGGUGCGGCCGACCGGAUGAAAGUUGGUGCCGCAGAGUUCCGGAAAGAGCUGCUACGUAGGAUAGGCAUUAGGACUUGA